CCAUUAAUAAUAGGCCUAUGCCUAGCAACAUAUUUUUGCAUAGUGUGUUUCAUUCAUUUUUGAACAAUUGGAUCUAGGCCUAGGCUACGCUUGAUUGGGCCCACACACAUCCUCUGCGAACGAGCAGAUCCAGUCCUUUGUUUCAUGCUUCUAAUUUUGGGGUCUCCGAUCGAUCGUCUGCUGCUGUAAUCAGGCUUUUCUACAACUAAUUUAAAAUGUUUUUUUGCCAUGCUCUGAGAUUAAAACCAGGCGAAGAAGUUAUAAGCUGUUUAAAAACCUUCCUUGACCGCAAUCAAUUGCAGGCGGCCUGUAUCGUAUCUUGUGUUGGUAGUACUAAAUUCACCAAACUUCGAUUGGCUGAUUCCAAGACUGUUAUGGAAUUCAAUAAACCCCAUGAAGUCGUUUCAUUGGUUGGAACUCUUUCUCGAGAUGGAUUCCACUUACAUGCUUCAAUAUCAGACGAGGAAGCAAAGGUUUUUGGGGGUCACGUGAUGGGCGUGAUGGAAGUAUAUACAACAAUGGAGCUUGUGAUUGGAGAACUUACUCACCUUCAAUUUACAAGAGAAUACGAUGAUGAUUCAGGAUAUAAAGAACUGGUAAUAAAACAAAGAGAAACAUAAACAGGUGUGUCUACUCAGAAAACACAGAACGUAUUGAAACAUUCUGUAAACGUUGCAGUUUGGUUGCGUUAUUAACUGACGUUAGCACAACAAUGCAGAACGCUUGCAACGAAAAAUACGUAUAUUGUACCACAAAAAAGGCCUGUAUUGCACACCAAACUGUAACGUUAAUAUUACGAUAUCAUAACGUAAGUUUGCUAGCUUGGUAGGAAUAACAAAUGUGCAUGGGUGUUUCAAGGAAGGGAUUUGAGUCUGAUUAUUUCUGUUAGCACGUGUGAGAAAAAAAAUGUGAGUAUUUUAUCUGCGAUGAUCAAUUUAAGCCUGGUGUGCUUCUUCAAACAAUUGUCGUUAGCGGCAUUGCUAUUUCGUUACUUUUGUAUAUUUUUUUUGUAUGUAGUUACGUGCUUGUGUAUUCUGUGUCCCUGUUGCCUCAAAAUGAUGGAAUACGUUUAAUAGUCCUUGUUUUUAUUGGAUAACAAUAAUAAUAAUAGUAAUAAAGAAGUUAGUCCAAUUACCGUUAGUCAUUUCUGGAAUGUA